CCGGCACAGAGUGCGGCUCUAUAAUACACUUCUUUGCAUCGUUUUUAGCCGCACAAUCGAUGGGCACAUCCAAGUGGCCAAUGCCCCUGGAUCAACAUGGGGUACAAGCGAUAAAUCGCAUCUUUCUGCUUCUCACCCGUGCCGUCUAUUCACGCGUACGACGACAAAGUUGGCAUUCUUUGCUGACCCCGCCGUUCUCCUUAAAGCCUUGGUAGCAACAAAAGUCAUGUGCUGGAGAUCUACUGGCGCUAUCUGCCUCGGAGAACUAAACACGCCGAUUUCGCGACGUGAGAUUGUGGCUGAGGAUGGACCAAGCCGACGCUGAAUUUAUCGAUGGUGAUCCUUUCACCCGCUGUGUCGUCAAAAUUGUAAUUCGUUGGUGUCCCCCCCCCCAUGAAGGCGUGGACCGCAUGCGCGGGUUAACCAUGUGGUUUUCUGGUGUCGGCGUUUCCAAGACCAGGGCACGCUUGUCACGAGAUGCAGUCGCUGACGAUUCAGGAGUUGAAUCGGCGUCGACGCCGACGUUGGGGUCGGACAAUGCACCCACUUUUGUUCGGUAGCGAAGACAACGGAGUCUUCCUGUAAUGGCUUCAGCCUCUCGACCGACAAGACAGCAAGCCAGGCGAUCGAAACGUCGUUCUCGUCGAAAACAGCAUCGAUAAUGGCGUCGCCCACAAGAUUUGCAAGGCUGUAGUAGAAGCCGUCGCGGUCUGCUUUUGGUGUGGAUGAUGUACUCCGUGGCACCCGUAUGGUUUGGACUUACGAACGAUAUGGACGUAGAUGUUGCAGCUCUGGUACCGGGCGCUACUGUCGCUGCUUUCGAUCUUGUUUUCGUGAGUUUCGGGUUGUUAGAACGUUUGCACAAGGAUCCUUGUGCGGCUCAAUGUCCUCGCUGCCGGGAAGAGGCCCGCCAACGGUGCUCGCUCCGGCCGCGAUCCACUGCUUCCCGCCUCCGGCAACAAUGAACCUCCGCCUCGCCGAUGACCGCUGCCCUGACGGGCACGUCCACGGAUUCGCCAUUGCCCACAGCGGAAGUUGGAUCUGGAGCGGCUGGCGUAGAUGUUGGCACUGGUGUAAGCUUUGGGUUAUGAGCUGGUUGUGACAUAACGGCGUUAUUUGAGAGCUGGAAAAAACGCCGCGAAGAGGUAGCAUCUGAAAAGGAUGUAAGAUCCCGUUUGGGGAG